GUGCCCAAGCGUUGAAGUCCAGAAUGCUCAAGUGACCUACACAGACCAGUCCCGGGAAAAUGCUAGUCAAUACACUGUGACCUGUUCGCUUGGCUACGUUCUAAAAAUAGGGCAGAACACCCUGACCGCAACGUGUUUCAAUGGAACAUGGGGGAUAUCUGCACCCACUCAAUGCACUGUUAUUGACUGCGGAUAUCCACCACAGACACAAGUGAUGACCAUGAGAUAUGACAACAGUUCCCUGGGGAAUACCAACUAUGGGAAAGAAGUCAUUUACAUUUGCCCCUCGGGUCAAUUCGCUACCAGCAGACUUGACAAGUCCGAGAUAAUUAGAAUGAGAUGCAACGCCACUGCCCAGUGGGAGAUCACACUAGGUACCUACAACACUUCUGGCAAACAGUUUGACUGCUCAACGCCUUACAACUAUCAAGGCUGUUUCAUGAUGAACAACACACUGCCGGAUACCAUCAUGACAGAGAACUUUGGAACCACUGCUAACAACAGAGCUGAGUGUCUGAGCUUCUGCCAUAACAGGAAUUUCAUCUUCUCUGCCCGACAGGGCGCUAAUUGUUACUGUACCAACGAACUCCCAGACAUUAAAGUCGCCAACACAGAGUGCAGCGCUUACUGUCAGGAUACGCUCUCCUUUUGUGGAGAUAACGCGGACUUAUUUUCUGUCUGGAACACAUUAUUUCCAUGUGUAAAGAUCGACCCCAGCCUGACUGCUGCUGGAGCUAUGAACAUGUUCACCCCGGAGACAUGCCAGCAGUAUUGUCGUGGCUUGGAUCACAGGCUGGCCUUCUGGAGAGGAGACAUUCGGACAUGCAAUUGUUUCGCUUCAAUUCCAGCCUACACAGAUUCCAGCUAUUGUUUUUACCCACGAGAAAUCAUUGAUGUAGACGCUGGCAAUCUGUACAUAACAGAACUAUUUUCAAAUGUCAAGUUCAAUACAUGCAGAGACAUUUUCAACGAAGGAAUAUUCUAUAGUGGAGAAUAUUACCUCAUGAACGGAUCCAAGAUAAUCUGUUAUUUCUUGGAUAACUCCACUACUAGAUGUCCAGAGAACUGGAUUGCCCACGACAGCAACUGUUACUUCUUCGUGGACGUUCUGGACAACGUGAACUACCAUCAUUUCAAUUCCUGCCUUGACCAGAGGUCACUACUUGCUACAGUGGGAAACGCCCAAGAAGGAGGCUUCUUGACAGACGCUCUAGCGAAGCUGAAGCAUAUGACCAAAAUUUCAGCGUACAUUGGUCUUUACGACAUUCAGAACACUUUCUCUUACAUGUGGGUGGAUGAAACAGCUGUAGCUUACAGAAAUUUUGCAGAAGACUACCCAAGAUACAUUUCUAAUCGUUGUGUUAUGUAUGAGGAUGGUUUGAUGAAAAAUGUGGAGUGCUAUUCUGCACAGAUCGGAGCGAUUUGUGAAAUGUCGAAAUCCACGUUGGGCUGUGCUUCGGCUAACAUUUCCCAGCUCCAUCUCAAGUCAGUCUCUACAAAGAUGUCUACCCCAUUUUGCUUUGAGACCUGCAGAGCUUCGGGAUUUCAUUUCUCGGCUACACAAAACACUUCCUGCUUUUGCACUAGCGACGACUCACUCUUCACGCUGGUUGGCUGGGAAAACUGUGACGUACCAUGCCCUCGUCACAAGUUUCAAAUCUGUGGAGGGAGUGAAACAGACAAAGUAUUUGUAACUUCAGAUGUUGGUCAGCCUUUCAGAGAAAGCUGUCUCACGAUGAUCUUAGGAUCUCUCUUGUCAAACGUCACAGUCCAAAACCCCAAUGGAUCUUUACAAACUGUAGAUUGUUUGGAGUAUGCUGGAGUGACAUGCCCUGAGUCCUGGAUUGGGAUAGAUGGUCGAUGCUACAGAUUCUUCAUUGAGUCCAUAGAAGACCCGUCACUGAUGUGUGCAUAUAUCGGAGGCUACUUAGCUGUUUACGAAACAGAAGAGGAAGCAGAAAGUGUUCUGGAAAUAAUCCAGAUGACUGCCAUGCUUUACAAUAAAGCUAGGUGGACGUUUGGUUUGUUCCAUCUCAGGGGGACAACCUCCUACCUGCGUUACACCAAUGGGGCUUUUGUCAAUGAAUCUCUUAGGACCAGAUAUGAUGAGGAUGACUUCCAGUGCUAUGCACACACCAGCUUCAAUGCCAGCGACAUAAUCGGUGUUGACUGUGGCAAAUACGCUUAUAUAUGUGAAAAAGGACCUGAUUACCGAGGCUGUUAUCUGUCAGCAGCAUCACAAAACCAAUACUUAAUAGGUUAUAGGGAUCUGACUGUCACACAAUGCCUUGAGACUUGUAAAGGUCUAGGCAAAAUGCUGGCAGGUGUAAGGUAUCAAAAUUCCUGUCACUGUAUAGGAAGUGGAGAAAAUAUUACAAAAACUUUAGAAACAAAUUGUGAACAAAGGUGUGCUCGUCAACAGAACUGUGGAGCUUCUCUCUUUGACUAUAUGACAGUGUAUGCCAUAGAUUACAGCAAAAAUGCUUCAUCCUGUGAGGACUUGUUUAACCAAGGAGUUCUAUUGUCUGGACUGUACUCUCUUGCUAAUGGAGUUAGAACAUGGUGUGGAAUGAAAAAUUCAUCAUAUCUGGCAAAACAGAUAGAAUUUUGGACUUUCAAUGGGAGUGGAGAAGUUAAUUUUACUAAUCUCUCCUGGCAUAGAGUGGGUAUAGAUAAUGUCACUCUUGCUAUAGAAGUUAUGAAUUCAUCACGAUCAAAUCAAUUAUAUCAACGCUGUACAGGUGUCUUCCUGCCUGCUAGCAUUACGGCAACUCUGAAAACUAUUGAGACUCAACUACUUGUUGGUGAUGUAUUAAAAUGGUCCCUAGACACACCUGUGAGUAGUCCAUCCUAUGUAGGACUCAUUGAUCAGUUUUACAUGGGCAUGUACACAUGGUCCGAUGGCAGUCUGUUCAGAUUAUCCCAAAUAAAGUGGACUGAGUUUCCUCAAGAAAUAUUUGAAAAUUCAACUUUGGCUACCUAUAUGCAGUAUACAGUUGGCAAUCAAUUUCUACCUGUCAAUAGCACUGAAACAUUUCAUGCUGUCUGUCAGAGGGAUGCUUCAUAUAAAGGUUGUCUGCAAAUGACCAGCAUGCUGCCAUCUAGUUGGUAUGCUGUUAAGAGUUACAACUCCAUGUCACUUACUGUAUGUCGUCAGAUCUGCCAAGUCAAUGCAACAAAUCAUGCUCUGAUUUCUGCCAAAGAUUGUAUUUGUUAUGACCCUGUUGGAGUUAACUUUAAUUUGAUGACAUUUUUCAACACUUCAACAAGUGCUCAAUGCGACCUCCCUUGCCCAGGAAAUGAACUUCAGAAAUGUGGGGGCACUAAUAAUUUUAGACAAUACACAAUUGACCAGGAUGUGGCUGAAUCUUGUGAAGAUCUGUACAAUAAUUUUGUGCAUCUUCCAAAUACUUACCUGAUCAAUGGCUCAGAACAGUUUUGUGGCAUUGAUGAUCUGUCUUCGUCUUGCCCACUUGGCUUCAUUGCAAAACAAAACAAAUGUUACAGAUUUUAUAGACAACAGACUCUUAAUGUUCAGUCAGCUGCACAGACAUGUCUAUCUCAAGGAGGAUAUCUUGCAGCUCCAAGUAAUGUGGAGGAGUUGGAUGUAUUAACACAUACUAUUCAGAAUAUCUCAACACUGAGGACAGCAGAGCUUUGGUUGGUUGGUUAUUACAGCCCCUUUGCUAAUGGUCUUUAUGUCACAUCUCAAGGACACAUGCUCUCUGUUGAUGAUCCAUUGACAUCUAAUAUCAAAACCGUUACUUCAGCCAAGAUGACUGUAGCACUCAAUAUCACUUCAGGACAUCUGGUCACAGUGCCCUUCACCACAGCACUUCCUUUUGUAUGUCAGUUACAAGAAGAAAUUUCAGGAUGUUCUCAAGUUGCCCAAUCAGAUAUCUUGUCCUCAUUCCAAUUGACCAGUGGCAUGAGCAUUCAACAAUGUCUUGCAUACUGCAGGGGGUUUACAAAACGGUUUGAUGCAUAUUCUCUUCUUCAAGAAACUGUUUGUUCUUGCAUGAAAGCUGACACUCAAUUGAACCUAACGCAAGCCACAUGCAAGAAAGCAUGUAGUGGGAACUUCAUGCAGCAGUGUGGCUCAACUCUGGACAAAGUGUAUUCUGUUUACAAGCUUGCGAAAUAUAGUUCUCAACACUUACAGUAUAGCUGCAAUGAUCUUCUGUCAUAUGGUGUAGUACUUCCAGCGACUUAUUUUGUGGACACUCUAGAAUACAUUACUUGCUUCAAGUUCAGUUAUAAGAGUAUACUAAUCCUGAAUUCUCCUUCCACUACAACAUCAUCAAAAGCCAUAAUGAGAUUAUUAGCAUUAAAUUAUCAAGUGACAAGUCCAACUAAUUUCUUUUUCCAGUUUCAACUGAACCAAUUUUAUGUAAUUGAAGGUUUUGUGCUAUAUGGAAGCAUGAAGCAGAUUUCAAUUACUACUUCCCUUGACAACCUUUUCUAUGAGUCUCACCCAGACAACAUAAUUUCAGUAAACACUACUACUUUGAGGCCUUUCUGGAUCACUCUGUCACAGCCUGUUGUUGCUAAGUGGGUUAAAAUAAAAUUUGAAUCUUGGUCAGGAAAUAGUCCAAAUGGAAGUGCAGAGCUUGUGGGAUAUCUUUAUUCUGUACAUAACUUCACUUACCAUUAUAGAGGAUGUCAUAAGAACUUCACCAUAGAGAACCAAUAUUCUCCAGUCAGUACAUCUUAUGACAGUUGUCGGCAGCAGUGCAAGGAGAAUGGCCUUCCUUACAUGAUACUGAAGUCACCAGAUAUGUGCAAGUGUGCAGGGGCCCAGGCUGCUAGAGACUUUUAUGGUAAUGACACACAGACCUGUUCAGACUUGUGUUUUGGUGGCAAUGCAUGCUCUAAUGAUGAUUAUACUCAAGCCUUAUACUUGACAACAGAUGUCAGCUGCCCUUUACUGAAUAUCAGCAACUCCAAAAUGUCUAUUAGUGCAAAUAUGAAUGCUAAUGCUACAGGCAUCACUCCAUUGCUGAGUCAGGUCACAUACACUUGCCUGAUUGGCCAUGAAAUCAACAGCACAAUGACCUCAAUAAACAGCACUUGCUCCAACUUUGAAAAAUGGAUUCCUAGCCUAACCAAUAUCACUUGUCAAAAGAAAAGUUGUGGCAUGUUUCCAAUUGUGUCUAAUGCACAAUUAAUUACACAGGACAAUCUGACAACAUUAUUUGGUCAAAUUAUACAAUACAGUUGUGUCCAGGAGGGCUAUAGAUUUAAUGCAACAGCUCAACUGUGGAACAUGACAUGUGAUGAUAUGAAACUGUGGACACCUGCACCUUUACCAUGUCUACCUGUGACUUGCUUGGGCCAGCCUACAGUGGAUAAUGCUUCUCCCAAUGAUAGCGCAGCAGUCUUUCUAUACAACUCAGCCAUCUCUUACACUUGUCAUGACGGGUGUUACUUCUCUUCAGACAACAGCACCACCAAAACAGUUCAGUGUUUGAUAACUGGCCAGUGGAGUCCAAUAGAGCCAGCUUGUCAGAGGUUACAUUGUUCUGCAAUGCCACCGCAUAUGCCUUCCUCUUCAAUCAUACUGACCAAUCAGAGCACAGUAGCUUUUUACAAAUGUGUAAAUGACACUUAUUACACGGACCUAUCAGACCUUCUUGAGACCAAGUGUGACAAUGUCACUUUCUUAUGGAGUGAAAUUGGAGACACUUGCAAGAAUAGAGACUAUGAAGAUGCUGACAUUUGGCUUGUUUACGUCAAUUCGUAUCUGAUUGGUCCAGAAGUCAAAGAUAGCUAUUCAAGGAGUCUCAUAGACUGUUCCAUCAAAUGUAUUGAUACCGUCGGAUGCUCUAUGUUCAAUUUUAAUAAGGCCAAUACAAGUCACAGCUGUCGACUUGACACUAGCAACAGAUACAACUUGACCUCAAUGUUCAUUAAAGACUGGGAAAUUUACUUUGUCAACCGGUCUUAAACAUUUUUUUAAAAUAUUGACCAAUAUAAGUAAGCAUCUUAAUUCUUUGGUGUGCAUAGAGAAAUAGGAUUAGGGUUCAGAGCAGAUUUUUAAAAUAAUUGAACUAUGUCAGUAUGUUUAUACUUACAUGCAUUUUGUCUUUGUUGGACAGAGCACUCAAAGGUGGGCGAGACAAAUAGUUCAUCAAACCAGUUCUGGGAUAUAAUCCUUAACUUGUACAACUUAGUGAUGGAGUGCUAGAUUAUGAGACACAGGCAUAUCUCAAAUAUUUUUAAUAUGCUCAAUAUUGUAAUAAGCCUAUUUGAAAUGAGUUGAACUAACAGUGGCAAAGAGGAAUCUCAAUGUUAGACUAUUUAAUGGUAUGUUGAUGUUUAGCAGUGAUGUGCAUGUUAUGUGUUAAUGUUAUUUGUUGCAAUGAGAAUAAACAAGAACAUGAG